AGAGAGUCCGUGAUGUGGCUGCCAAACCAGCCAGCUUUCUGAGGCAACUCAUCAGCAGGCCUCUGCUUUCGCUCCCCAGCACCCGCCCUCCGCAGCGGAGCCAAGAUACCCCGAGCGGCACGUGGCCCGCCUCCUUCCCGGGGCUCGUCUGAGCCAGUAGAGAGGCGGAGGAGAGGCAGCGCACCAGAAGCGAUGGGACUUGAAGGCCAUGGUCACCUGAGAUAAAUGGCAGAUCGCUGGGCGCCGAGUCCCGCAGCCGUUUGCGCCAGCCCUCUCUGCAGCCUGCAUGCCUGCCCUGUGAGCUGCCACUGGCUCUUCCAGUGGUGGCGGCGGAGGCACCGGAGGUGGCUCAGUCGGUGCCGGGAUUGAGGAAGGGCCGACCCCCCGCCUCACCAUGAUUCAGCUGUGGAAGGUGGUGAGGCACGUGCGGCAGCUGGAGCUCCACAGGCUGAUCCUGCUGCUCAUCGCCUUCAGCCUGGUCUCCAUGUGCUUCCUGGCCUACUACGUCACCAACAGCCCCAAAAUCAAGGAGCCGCCCCCCUUGCCCUUCGGCGACUGCAGCAGCCAGCACCGGGCCCUCGUCCAGCCCCAGGCCAGCUGGCGGGUCACCAAAUCGGUGGACAACUCGCGCACAGACCCCGUGGUGCUGGUCUUCGUGGAAAGCAUCUAUUCCCAGCUGGGCCAGGAGAUAGUGGCGAUCUUGGAGUCUAGCCGGUUCAAAUAUCGGACGGAGAUUGCCCCAGGAAAGGGAGACAUGCCCACCCUGACCGACAAAGACCAUGGCCGCUACGCCCUUAUUAUCUACGAGAAUGUCCUUAAGUACGUGAACCUGGAUACCUGGAACAGGGACCUGCUGGACAAGUACUGCGUGGAGUACGGCGUGGGGAUCAUUGGGUUCUUCAAGGCCAACGAGAACAGCCUGCUGAGCGCGCAGCUCAAGGGCUUCCCCCUGUUCCUGCACUCCAACCUGGGCCUGCGGGACUAUCAUAUCAACCCCAGCGCCCCGCUGCUCUACGUGACCCAGGCGAACGAGGUGGAGCAGGGCCCGUUGCCUGGGGACGACUGGACCGUGUUCCAGUCCAACCACACCACCUACGAGCCGGUGUUGCUGGCCAGCACGAAAUCCGCCGAGUCCAUCCCGCACCUGACCACCCACAGAGCACUGCACGCCACGGUGGUGCAGGACCUCGGCCUGCACGACGGCAUCCAGCGGGUCCUUUUCGGCAACAACCUCAGCUUCUGGCUGCACAAGCUCAUCUUUGUUGACGCGAUUGCAUACCUGACCGGCAAGCGCCUCUGCCUGUCCCUGGACCGCUACAUCCUUGUGGACGUCGACGACAUCUUUGUGGGCAAAGAAGGCACACGCAUGAAGGUGUCUGACGUGGAGGCGCUCUUGAACACGCAGAACAAGCUGAGGACGCUGGUCCCCAAUUUCACGUUCAGCCUGGGAUUCUCUGGCAAGUUCUACCACACAGGUACAGACGAGGAGGAUGAGGGUGACGACAUGCUUCUGAAGCACAGGAAGGAGUUCUGGUGGUUCCCCCACAUGUGGAGUCACAUGCAGCCGCAUCUCUUCCACAACGUGACUGUGCUGGCUGAGCAGAUGAAACUCAACAAGCAGUUUGCUUUGGAACACGGGAUUCCCACAGACUUGGGCUACGCAGUGGCUCCCCACCACUCAGGUGUCUACCCUGUCCACACCCAGCUCUAUGAAGCAUGGAAGGCGGUCUGGGGCAUUCAGGUGACCAGCACGGAGGAGUAUCCCCACCUUCGGCCUGCCCGGUAUCGCCGAGGGUUCAUCCAUAAUGGGAUCAUGGUGUUGCCCCGGCAGACCUGCGGACUCUUCACUCACACCAUCUUCUACAACGAGUACCCUGGCGGCUCCAAGGAGCUCGAUAAGAGCAUUCGUGGCGGCGAGCUGUUCCUGACAGUGCUUCUCAACCCGAUCAGCAUCUUCAUGACGCACUUGUCUAACUACGGGAACGACCGGCUGGGGCUCUACACAUUCGAAAGCCUGGUCAAGUUCGUGCAGUGCUGGACCAACCUCCGCCUCCAGACGCUGCCGCCCAUCCAGCUGGCCAAGAAGUACUUUGAAAUAUUCUCCCAGGAGAAGAACCCUCUGUGGCAGAACCCUUGUGAUGACAAGCGGCAUAAGGACAUCUGGUCCAAAGAGAAGACUUGUGACCGACUGCCCAAGUUCCUCAUUGUUGGUCCGCAAAAAACUGGCACCACGGCCAUGCACUUCUUCCUGUCCAUGCACCCCGCGGUUACCAGCAAUUUCCUGAGCCCUUCCACCUAUGAGGAGAUCCAGUUCUUUAAUGGCCCCAAUUACCACAAAGGAAUCGACUGGUACAUGGAGUUCUUCCCCAUCCCCUCCAACGCCAGCACAGACUUCAUGUUUGAGAAGAGUGCCAACUACUUCGACGCGGAGGCGGUCCCCAGGCGAACCGCAGCCCUCCUUCCACGGGCCAAGAUCAUCGCCAUCCUGACGAACCCGGCGGACCGAGCCCACUCCUGGUAUCAGCACCAGCGUGCCCACAGUGACCCCGUGGCGCUCAACUACACCUUCCACCAGAUCAUCUCUGCCGGGCCCGGAGCGCCCCCAGAGCUGCACGACCUGCAGAGCCGUUGCCUGAAGCCCGGCCGCUACGCCGUCCACCUGGAGAGGUGGCUGAUGUACUUCCCCCCCGGGCAGGUUCUGGUUGUGGAUGGGCAGGAACUCCGGGACAGCCCCGUUUCCAUCAUGGAGAACAUUCAGAAGUUCCUGGGCAUCACGCCACUGUUCAAUUAUACGCAAGCGCUCAAGUUUGACGAAGCAAAGGGGUUUUGGUGCCAAGUGCUGGAAGGAGGGAAGACCAAGUGCCUGGGGAAAAGUAAAGGAAGAAAAUACGAAGACAUGGACCCCUCCUCCCGCAUGUUCCUGGCAGACUUCUACCGUGACUACAACAUGGAGCUCUCCAAGCUGCUGAACAAGGUUGGCCAGCCGCUUCCCACGUGGCUCCGAGAGGAGCUGCAGAAUUCCCACUGGAGCUGAGGCCCAGGACCACCAGCACCGCCAAACACGCUGACACGGGAGCCCUCGGAAAAAGACACCACUGCCCACCUCUCGGAGCCGGUGGAGGUGCACAGUGGGCUUGUGCUCGCACAGACCGUGCCCGUCUGAGUAUCAGCAGGACUGCCCUCGUCCGAGGAGGCAGCACAGAGGUGGAGGCUGCGGGGACACUCCCCACGGAUGUCCAGGUGCUCCAGAAGCAAGCACGCGAAUGUCUUGACCGGGUGGCUGCUCCCGGCGGUCCUGGAGCAGCCUCGCCCUUGCUGGCGGUGGGCAGCGGAGUGCAUUUCCCUGAGGGCAGCCUCAAUUGCCUCGCUGGCCCCCUCGCGGCGCCGGGAGUGGGUGAUGGAACACUGGACAUUCCGGGCGCCCUCAGGGGAGCAGGCGAGUGACGGCGAGGGAGGCUGGGCUCCCUGUGCCCGUGGCGGAGAGGCCGUGCUGCCUACAGCCCAUCGCCACAGGCCGAGCAGUGAGGUGCCGGAGCCUGCAGUCUGCGGCACGGGCGGCUCUGCGCAGGCCCCUCGUUCCUCCCAGCGUGGCCGCAAAGGACGUCAGCUGCGCCCCCGGCUUGCCUCCAGGCCGCACUGAGGAUCUGGCCCUCCUCCUCCCUUGCUGCGACCACGACUUGCUUGAGUGGAAGGCGGCCAAAAGCCUGCCUGUCCCUCCAGCACGCCUUCCAGAGAGGCCCAGCAGCCACCCCAGAGAGACGCCAGCCCUCUGGGGACGGGCAGCCGCUGGCUUUGCCGGGGAGGCUCCUUGGCCACCCCUCCCCUGGCCGGGGCGGCUCGGCAGCGAGGAGCAUGGGCUCAGCCCCGCCUGGGGCGCACUGGGCCCGCGCAACUGUGCUUUGGAACGGUGAACUGCCAUGUUUGUAAAUACACAGUACGGACCAAGUCAUGUCUCAUGCCAUGUGUCCCCCUGCGGAGGGAAGUGUUGUGUAGCCAAAAAUGGAGCCAACGUACCUAAAGCCCUGUGGCCGAAGAGAGACACCAGUGCUCUGCUCCCCGCAUUGGAUCCAUGUACAAUGCCAUUCACAUUGAAUGAUGAGAAUAAACCCCCCCGCUCUUGCAGCUGGGCAUGCUGUCGAAAUAAA